AUCAUGCGAGGGAGCUUACGAGAAUUAUUUUCUUGGCUUUUUAUUUGGUAAAACCAAGUUCAUCCAAUGUUUUUUGGACAAUAUGGAUCCAACGGACACUAGCAAUGAUUUUCUAGAUCCAUGUGAUUUGGAGGUAUUCAAUGUUAAUUCGAUCACGGACGAGAAACUGCGGUCAGCCACCCUCGAGUCCUUGGAGACAGGCAAGAUCACACCCCUCCUAAAAGAGGAGCUCAAAUGUAGAAUCCUCACGCGCUGUUUGGAAGAAGGAAAAGAGUUAUCUCCUGAAAGGGCCAUCAAAAUACAGCCCCGAAAGGACAAGUUAAAACCAGAUGAGAUGAUGAAGCUGGAAAAAAGGCGGGAACAAAAUCGAAGGGCGGCAAGAAAGUUUCGGAUGAAGAAGCAUAAAACGACAAAAAUAUUACAACAGGAGUCGGAUGUCUUGGAGUGUAAGAACAAGGAUCUCCAAGACGAUAUACAGACACUACUGAAGCAGAAGUUUCACCUACAAAACCUGCUGUCGGAGCACGAGGGAAGGUGUCGACUCACUCCGGUCUCGGAGAGGCUUUCCCCCUUGUCGGAGAGACAUACACCUAUCUCGGAACAGGAUUUGUCUCCCAUGGAUGAUUACCGUAUUUGUCCAAUCGGGACGCACACUUUACCUCCCCAAAAUUUCAACAUGGAGUUACCGUAAAGACAGUAGUGUGACUCUGUAGUAGAGGACUCGCAUAUCAUUUCCCCAUAAAGUCACCGUUUUGUCGAAAUCAUAAAAAGUCGCCCAAAGAUGAUGGCGUCGAAACAUUCGCAUUAUUCGUCUCUUCGAGGAGGUACCGUUAAAGGUAAACGACGAUAUGAGUUUGACAUCUUUCGGCAAAAAUCUCACCAUGUUCAUUAUUAUUCAUAAUCAUACAUAUGUCUGACGACAAAAAAAUGUCCUUUUAUUCCAUAUAUGGACAAAAAUAAUCUGAAAUCUAACCCAUAGACGGAAAUAAGACACUAAAUAUGAUCUCAUACAGAUAUUUUUGGAAUAUCAAACUUUUAUAUGAGAAAACUCUGGUGGGUUUUCCACUUUUUUUAAAGGUUGACGACUUUUUCGUUAAUUAUUUUUAAAUCGCACAAUUCAUUUUUUUCUUUUUAAAUUUAAGUGUAUUGAUGCUAUGCGUAAGAUUUUAGGAGGUGUAUUAUAUACUAUCCACGUGUUUCCGCUUGUGUGGUCUAAUGGAGGGUAAGUGAUGGCGAGCUGUAUUGUAGG